CUUCUGAGACAAAACAUCUUCUCUACCUCUUGCGGACGCACUGGUAUGAUAUUCCAGCUUAUGUUGUCAUCUGUAGGGAGUGGGACGAAGCGAACGAGGCUCUCGCGCAACAGCUUUCCAGCACAAACGGUUCCGCGCUAACUCCGAGAGCAAUGUUCAAUGCCGAAACGAGGUGACACGAGCUGUCAAAACCAGGUAAUGGGCCGCAGAUGAGGUUGGAGGCGACUGAUUUGUGAUACCGCUGCAGGAGCUCGUGGCAAGGUGGACUUUUGUGAUACCGCAAUGUCAGCGUCUCCAGAUCAUGGAUGCUGCCCAAGUCGCCAGUCCUGGCUGCUCAAAAGUAACCGGCCAAUCAGCGUCGUCGCACGGUCCAAUUAGCCUUAGCCUUGCGCUAAAAUGGCCUAAGCUCGAUAUCGAUCAUGAAGCUCUGCUUCUGCUUCUUGAUCUUCAACCUCUCCGCUUCCAACCUCUUCCUCACCCUUCACACUCCACUCAGCAUAUCUGCUGCAGCAUCGACGGCAUUCUUGGCUCCUCUGCGAGAUCUGUCCAUAUUCUCAGUGCUGUUCCCAAAUAUCCUCUUCCAUUCACUACCCUAUCCCACCGAUUUUGAUUUGAUCUAAAUCUUCCAUUUGCGCCGCUCCGGUGCGCUCACUUUCGCCAUGUCUGGAUAUCCUGCUGGCGCCAGUGAAGCUCCUGGCUUGGAUGCCCUUCUGGCUUCUCUUCGCUCUCAAAAUCCACCGAGUCACAGGCCUCUUCAACCUGCCCAGCCUCAAUUGGAACCUAGCUACAGCUAUUACAGCGGCAAUAAUAGUAACUAUUUUGGCCAGCCUGGUUCUGCUCAACCGCAACAGGGCUAUCAACCACCUUCGGUCUCCUCACCUGUUCCAACUCCACCAGUCGGCGGUCCACAACCGCACCAUGCUUCCGCAGUUAUCAGUCCGGUCGAUACCCCUCAGCUGCAACAGCAGCGUGCCCCAGCUCCUGCUGGCGUGUCGUCCAACGCCGACCGCACUUCGAGCCUUCUCAACUUGCUGAAGUUCAGUCAAGCUUCGAGUGGAUUUUCAAACCAGCCAGCUCCAAUUGGCACACCACUUCCUCCAUCUCGCGAUGUCUCUGCAACAUACACCAGUCCCGAUCUCCAAGGUCCAACCAGUGCAUCGAGCCAUGGUCGUAGUAGUGGUCCCGAUCUGCUUGCAGCUUUGAUGGGUGCUCCUAAACCAAAACCUACACAGCUGGCUAGCCCUCAAUCUACACCCAGUCUGCAGCCACACCAGUCGACCUUCGGCGCUGCUUCUCCACCUUCUGCGGAUACCCAAGCAUAUCUUUUGUCCCUGCUCAACCAGCCCAAGCCUGCACAGUCCGGAAGCACCCCACAAAUGAAGCCUGCCAAGGUCAUGACACCACCAAGCAAGGCCACUUCUCAAGAGGAUGAGGAUGGACUUGCUGAGGAUUAUGAGACCGCAAAUUUGGAGAGCAGCAUGAUGGGCUCAGCCGCUACUGAAGGCUUGCCAUCAUUCGGAAAGGAAAAUACUCGAGAGCCAGCUCCAAAAGCACAGGGUCUGUUCACUUAUGUUAAUCCUUUCGAUCAACUCAGCGCCUCAUCUCCACGCAAUCGUACACCAAAGAUUGAGUCGGCCAGCCCCGCUCCAGCAGCCAGCCCCAAGAUACAGAUCUUGAAGCGUCAAGAACCUGCGGAGAACAAGCAGAAGACGGAUUCACCUCAUUCCAAGCGCAAAGCAGUUGGCUCGUCUCAAUCGUCGUCUUCACCUCCAACUCCACUUCCAGAUGGACGAACCAAAGUCGAAGCCUUGAUUGGAAUUGGUGCAUCCAAUAAUAAGGAGAGUGUUCAUGAUGCUCUUAACGAGGUUGGUGAUCAGGCAGAUAAGCAGGUUCAAGAAGCCAUCUCUCGUGCUGAGACUGCGGAGAGCCACGCGGCGAUCGAGAGAGAUCUGAGAGAUCUUCUCGCAGCAUCAACUAACAAGGAGUUUGAGGCUUCUGCAAAACACGCCGCAGCCGGACUCAAAGAGGAGCUUGAGAAGCCUGAGAACAGCGGCGCACUCGACAGUCUACCAACCCCAUUAGCUGAGGAAGUGAAGGAAAUCAUUGAUGAGACAGCCCAUGGACACAUUGCUGACAGCUGGGAGAGUGCGGAUGCUGAGGAUAGCCCGUCCAAGGAGGAGGAAAAUAUCGUCAAAGUGUUCAAUUUCCCAAUGAAGCCAUGGUCCUCGAUCACAAUCAAAGAGUCGGAAGAGACACGUCCGACUUUCCGUGACGAGGCCGUUAUGGACAUUGCUCGUCUCAAGAAAGAGUUUGAUCAGAUUGACAGAACUCUUGUUACUGCUUCAAACAACUUUAUCGUCUACGGCAUGUCUAAGAAUGGUGGAGUUCGAAUUAUCCGACAAGACGAUGGCAAGGACGCUAGACUCUUCACUGAAACUCACGAUCGCAUCUUCAGUGUCGUGACUUCCUCUUCCUCAGCCGAACAGAAGGAAUCAAUCAUUGGCACCGGUAUCAGUGGCACGGUCUAUUGGGCGCUGGUAAAGGAUGGCGAGGGUGAUCACCUCGAGGAGAGCAACCCUGAAAUGUACGGUUUUGCCCUUCCUCCCAUUCAGUCAUCGGACACCGAAUCGCCAGGUGGCGUCCUGAAGACGAGAGCCAGAAAGAGUUCAGGACACCCUGAGUUCUUCGCUGUUGGUCGCGGAAAGUUCAUCCAUGUCAUCUGGCCAUCCGUAAUUACAAAGCAAUCACUCCUGAAAAAUGGAAAGGAUCGCAUUGUGGAUACGGACAAGUACCUGAGCAAGCACUCACUGAAGGUCAACACCGGGAAGGCUGGCAAGGACUUUACUUUCAGUGAAGACGAUACGAUCAUUGUGUCUCUUGACAAAGCAGGAAGAGUCAAAUUUUGGGACGUACGCAGUCUUACAACCGCCGACAUCGCCAGUUACCCCUCUCGUACUCAGCAAAUUGAGAUCAAGGAGCCCUUGGUCACAUUCACUACCACGCCAGCAAGUGAGAAAUCAUGGCCAACAUCGGUUCUGUUUGUUGACAAACUUCGACCAUACCAACGAGGCGGUGCAUUGAGAUAUCUUAUCGUUGGAAUGAAGCAGAACCACACUCUCCAGUUGUGGGAUCUUGCUCUUGGAAAGCCUGUUCAGGAAAUCCACCUUCCACACAGUAAGGAGUCGGAUGCAGUCUGCAGUGUUUUGUAUCACGCGGGCACUGGAAUGAUCGUUGUCGGCCACCCUACCCGAAAUUCGAUUUAUUUCUUACAUUUGUCUGCUCCGAAGUACAACCUCCCGAAGAAUAUCACACAAGCUGAAUACAUGGAGAAGCUUAUCGCUGUAGAUUCAUCUAUUCCCAAGCCAGAGUCUACUGCAGUUAUCAGUGGCAUGCGCGAGUACUCGUUCGCCAAUAAGGGUUCGCUUCGAAGUGUCGACAUCUUGCAGACGCCAAAUUCGGCCAUCAAUAGCAAUGGCAGCGAGCCUGCAACAUUGUUUGAGCUUUAUGCCAUGCAUUCAAAGGGUGUCACCUGCCUCAACAUCAAGCAGGCCGACCUUGGAUGGACUUCUGACAACAAGGUCAUCCACCCGGUGGAAGCAUUGCCAACUGGUGCUAUCUCGAUGGAGACGCUCAAGGACAUUGCUCCAUCUCCCGCCACGGAAUCGAACGAGCCUGCUUCCCAGACAUCACUCCCAACUCGAAUUGUCUCCCGACCCGCUCCGAAGGAGACUUCAAUCAAGGACAGCCCAAAGAAGAUGCACCAGGGAGAGUCGUCAGCUUCCGCAGCUAAGCCAGAAGUCAAAUCCGAUAAGAAGGAUCAUAGUGCAAAUGGUGGUUUGAACCCUGCCAGUGCUCCUGAGAAGGCCGAGAGAAAGAAGAGAAGAAAGGCUACGGCAGAAUCCGCUCCAUCUGAUACUGCUCAAGUUGGUCAGUCUUCCAAGACCGUCGUUCUUGAUCCUUCGUCACACACCAGAAAUGGUAAUUUGUCAAGAUCGAGUGCCAGCGCUUCCACCGAGCCAAGUGGUCCUUCAUUUGCUCCUCAGGACUUCAGCGAAGCAUCUCUCAAGAACAUUGAGGCUCGCGUCUCUGCAGAAGUCAAGAAACUCUUCAAUGACUCUCUCGGCUCUCUUUACACCGAGCUCAAGGACGACAGACGCACACAGGCUGCUGUGGGAGAAGCAAAGCAGGAUGCCAUGCUACGUCUCGUCUCUAGCACUCUGGCUGACAACAUGGAGACAACACUCGGUCGCAAGGUUAGUGAGGGCCUUCAGCAGUCUGUGAUCCCAGCAUUAGCAGAGCUUUCCCACAAAGCCGUAAAGGAACAGCUUGGUUCUACUCUCAACACCCAUCUAUCGCAGAACCUGCCCAAGGAACUCCAGAAGAGCCUUCCGGACGCAGUUGGAAGAGCUCUUCAACAGCCACAACUUUUGAAGCUGAUGUCAGAAUCUCUCGCAAAGAGUGUCGCAUUCCGCGUGGAAGAACAUUUCGCCGUCCUCAUCCAGACUGUUGUUACGCCAUCAUUCCACAACCUCGUUGCUCAAUCCUCCCAAAAAAUCGCCACUGAGAUUCAUCGCCAGACGGCAGAGCAGCUCAAUGCUAUCGAGCAUCAACGCCGCGCCGACACCAUCAAGAUUGAGCAGCUUACGCAGCUGGUCACUGGUUUGACUUCUACCAUCUCAUCAAUGGCAGAGGCCCAAACUCAUUUCCAAGCUCAAUUUUUGAAAGUUCAGGAACAGGCUGCAGAUGAUCGACGACUGCUCGCUCAGCAAGGAUCAAGCCAACAGAGUGCGAGUCAGCAAGGUGCGAGCCAACCAGGUAUGAGCCAACAGGUUGCAAGUCAGCAAGGUGCAAGCCAGCGAGGAGAAGGUAGUAUUGGCCAAGCAUCAAUUUCUAGCCCAUCCACUGCAAUGGGAGCAGUUACUGAAAAGACACAAUUGGAAAAAGCUUACGAUAUCAUGCUCGAGAAGAUUGAGGCAGCUAUGAGUGUUGGUCAAUAUGAGAUUGCUGUCAUCCAAUGGCUUCAGACCCAACAAGAGCAGAAGUUCUUCACACGAUACUUCUCCCGAUUCAAUCCUGAUUUCGUCCAAGAUCUGAGCCCCCUCUUACUCCUUUCUCUUGGCGCUACAAUCAGCAUGCAACUCGACGACGAACUCUUGCCGCUGCGAAUCACCUGGUUGGAGACAGUCGUGACAGCCUUCCAGGAUUUGGUUUCAUCUGGCACUUUGGAUAACCAAGUUCUGGACCUCAUACCAAAGAUAAUGGGAAUCUAUGUCUCACGCAUCGAGCACUCCUUCAUGGCCAUUAGUCAAAGAAUGGGCACCGACCCUAUCUUGAAGAGACUCUCAGGCGUUGUUCUUCUCACGAAUCGCGUCAUGGAGACUAGUGGACACAGCAUUUCUGCCCUUCCUGCUGCUUGAAGACCUACCAUUAAUCAUCUUGAACAUCAUAUUCCUUCGGGCUAUUACUAGCUCUCUCGUUCCUUUUGUCUAUGGAAUCUACUGGACUUCUGGUCGAGCAUCAUCCACUUACAAUCGGAGAAUAAAUGCACGAACGCCAAGAUAGCUUUGAGACGCUGGAAUGCUCUCUUUUGCUUCAGAUUUGUGUCAUCAUCCCUCUUGGAGGAACUUGUGCAAACAAAACUUUCAUUUUGAUCUUUUUUUCUUCCUUUUCAUUCAUUACAACGGAGAAGAUACCGUCUAUUUGUUUCUCAUUGCUGGCGUUAGAGCCUAAAAUAUGAGCGUUUGAUUCAGCCCUUUUUGCUGGAAAUUUAUGAAAAUGGCAUUCAUGGGGUUACUACUCGGGAUGGAUGACCGGAUGCGUGUAUGAAGCAAGGAACGAACGAUAUAUCGCAUGCCCUUUCUACGCACGAUCUUGCAUGAAGCUUCUUUGGCUUUGCGAGCAAGGGCCUGUAUUCCUAGAAUUCGCUUUAGCAAUGCAUUGUUGCAAAACUUGUACCGUUUAUCGUGACCUUGAUAGUGAGGACUUUUGGGAGAGACAAGCCUGAGGUUGUUGCAGCUUGAGCACUUUCUCCUGCAAACUGGCCAACU